AUGAGUCUUCUUUUAAAUACAACAACUUUGUUCUAUGGAGCACCCAUUAGAACCAGAUCUACAACGUUGCACUGCGAGACCCGAAUGUUUCGACCCGUUUCUUCAUCUUCAUUCUCUUCUGUUUCUGCAAUUUUGGCCAAGGAACAGCAAUCAAACCUGCCGGAAAACAAAAUCGGAGAAACCCAUUUGAAAUUGGCGUUUGAUUUCAAGUCUUUCAUGUUGGAAAAAGCUAAUUCGGUAAAUCAAGCCCUAGAUUCCGCCGUUCCACUCAAACACCCGGAAAAGAUCCACGAAUCUAUGCGGUACUCCCUUCUCGCCGGCGGAAAACGCGUCCGACCGAUGCUGUGUAUCGCCGCCUGCGAACUCGUCGGAGGCGACCCGUUAACGGCUAUGCCUGCUGCCUGCGCUGUCGAGAUGAUUCACACCAUGUCGCUAAUGCACGACGACUUACCCUGCAUGGAUAACGACGACUUCCGCCGGGGAAAGCCCACCAAUCACAUAGUAUACGGUGAGGACGUCGCCGUCCUCGCCGGCGACGCCUUACUUUCAUUCUCAUUCGAACACAUCGCUACGGCGACAGAAGGCGUCUCCUCCGACCGGAUUCUCCGGGCCAUCGGCGAACUCGCGAAGUGUAUUGGCUCAGAAGGUCUUGUCGCCGGUCAGGUUGUUGAUAUCUGUUCCGAAGGCGCCGAUGUCGGAUUAGACCAUUUAGAGUUUAUCCAUUUACACAAGACGGCGGCUUUGCUUGAAGGCUCCGUCGUCCUCGGUGCCAUUAUGGGUGGCGGAUCUGAUGAAGAAAUUGAAAAAUUAAGAAAAUUUGCGAGAUCAAUCGGGCUUUUGUUUCAGGUGGUGGAUGAUAUUCUUGAUGUCACAAAGUCGUCGGAGGAAUUGGGCAAAACCGCCGGAAAAGAUUUGGUGGCAGAUAAGACUACAUAUCCAAAAUUGUUGGGGAUUGAAAAAUCAAGAGAAUUUGCAGAGAAAUUGAACAAGGAGGCUCAAGAACAGUUGUUAGAGUUCGAUCAACUAAAGGCAGCUCCUUUAAUUGCUCUUGCUAAUUAUAUUGCUUAUAGAGAAAAUUGA